AUGGGAGCAGCGAAGAAUAUCUGGGCAAUACUGGAGGCCGAAGAUGAAGCGAGCGGCAACAACGUCUCCCCGAUUCCAUAUUCUUCCAUGGUCGUCGACACAUCUUUGCCUCUCCCUCUCAUGAUUCCUCUUAUCAUAGAGUUAUGUAAAGAUCUGUUCAAGAAUUGGCGAGACCUUGAUGAUUUACUUUUCUCCGUCGAGAGAGUCUCUGGAGGCAUCACAAAUCUUUUAUUGAAGGUUUCUGUCAAGGAAGACACUGAAAGAGAAGUGUCUGUAACAGUUCGAUUGUAUGGGCCUAACACGGAGUAUGUUAUUAACCGCGAGAGAGAGCUACAGGCUAUCAAGUAUCUCUCGGCUGCCGGAUUUGGUGCCAAGCUGCUUGGUGGAUUUGGAAAUGGCAUGGUGCAAUCAUUCAUCAAUGCACGAACCUUAGACCCAUCAGACAUGAGACAACCAAAAAUUGCUGCUCAAAUUGCCAAAGAGCUUGGAAAGUUUCAUCAAGUUGACAUACCAGGUUCCAAAGAGCCGCAGCUGUGGGUUGAUAUUUUGAAGUUCUUUGAAAGAGCAUCUACUCUUAGGUUCGAGGAACCUGAUAAGCAGAAGCUCUAUGAGAAAAUUUCGUUUGAAGAACUGCAUAAAGAAAUUAUUGAGCUAAGGGAAUUCACUGGCGUACUUAAUUCACCUGUGGUGUUUGCUCAUAAUGAUUUGCUUUCGGGAAACCUGAUGCUGAAUGAAGAAGAAGAGAGACUAUACUUGAUUGAUUUCGAGUAUGGAUCAUACAACUUUAGAGGCUUCGACAUCGGUAAUCACUUCAAUGAAUAUGCAGGAUACGACUGUGAUUAUAGUUUCUAUCCAAGUAAAGAAGAACAAUAUCAUUUCAUCAAGCAUUACUUACAGCCAGAGAAACCAGACGAGGUCAGCGUCGCCGAAGUGGAAUCAGUCUAUAUAGAGACAGAUGCGUAUAAAUUAGCAUCUCAUUUGUACUGGGCUAUAUGGGCGAUUAUCCAGGCAAGGAUGUCUCCUAUUGAGUUUGAUUAUAUGGGUUACUUCUUUUUGCGGUACAACGAAUACAAGAAGCAAAAGCCUCUUACCUUUUCACUUGUUACAUCUUAUCUCUCUGCAUCCGUCUAG